AUGAUAACCUCAGACUUUCCCACCGUGGAUUCCCACAUCCACCUCUACCCAGAUGCCGAGCUCGAAACCUUCAAGUGGUACACGCCGGACAACCCGCUCGGCAAGCGCCACUCGCUGGCCGAGUACCGCGCAGCGACCGGCUCCCCCUCCAACCUGAAGGGCUUCGUCUUUCUCGAGACGGACCGGCUCAACGAUGAAGGCCGGGACUGGAAAUUCCCGUUGAUGGAGGUCGAGUGGCUGGCUCGCAUCGCUGACGGCAAGCCUCGGGACGGCGAGGGCCACAGCCCAGAGGAUGCGCCGCUGUGUCUGGGAAUAGUCCCCUGGGCACCCAUGAACCUUGGUGCGGCAAAGGUCGAGGAGUACCUGGAGCAGGCCGAGAAGGUGGCUGGCCCUGCCACCUGGGCCAAGGUCAAGGGUUUCCGCUACCUGCUGCAGGACAAGCCGGCCGGGUCGGGGUUGACGGAGGAGUUUGUCGAGUCCAUGAGGCUUCUGGGCCAAAAGGGGUUUGUUUUUGAUGCCGGCGUGGACCAGCAUCGUCGGGGAAGGCAGCAGCUAGACGAGCUCGUAUCCAUGAUCGACCAAGCUCAUGACGGUGUUGCGAACGAGGACGACAAAGUUAAAUUCAUCAUCAACCACUUCUGCAAACCAAACCUAGAGAUCAUCAACCAGGCCGAUCCCAGCUUCAUCGCAUGGCGUGCGGCCAUGUUCACCCUGGGAAAGUGUGACCGCGUCUACAUGAAGCUGAGCGGUCUGUUCUCCGAGAUGCCCGAGGCCCUACGACAACGGUCCGUGGAGGAGAUCUUUGAGGCAGUCCAGCCCUGGCUCGCCGUCGUCCUGGCCGCCUUUGGGCCAUCGAGGCUCAUGUUUGCUAGCGACUGGCCCGUGUGCACCGUCGGCGUGGACCAGGCGGACGGCGGUGGGGCUUGGAAGAAGUGGAGGGCGGUUAUCGACCGCCUCUGCCGCAUGGCUAGCCUGUCAGAGGAAGACCAAAAGAUGAUCUGGUCCGGGACUGCUGUCAAGGCAUACGGGAUUGACAUCUAG